ACUGAGUGCAGUCGUUAAACUUUGUGAGUCCAUUCAACAACGAGCCUUUGUUAAAAAACCUCGCACCAAAGUUUGUUUACUGUAACUUGUUUGGUCGAUCCGUUUAGGAUUCGGUCAUGAUUAUUAGUCAAGAGGCCAUAGAUAGUAAUAAGAUUUAGUUAGAAUAUACCUAAACACAUGUGAUCUAUCCCCGCAAUUCGAUGCAUUGCUUGGGGCAAGACAGUGGACAGCUACAAAGAACUAGAGAAAUUUCAGCUGAUAUGUCUCAGAGUGAAGGAUGGCUGCGGCCAGCCGGAUACCUGGAGCAGGUGCAAAGUAAAUUAUACGACGAUAACAACGUCGGCAUCAGCUACGUGCUUCGAAUAGUUACAUCUCGAGAAGUGAACGACUGUGAUGUGAAGCAAGCCUUCAUCCAUCUUCUCAGGAAGACCAUCAACUUGAGGAUGUUGCCCCAAAUGAGAGACGGUCAGCUCUGGAUGAGGGAGCUGCAACACGAGGAACUUGAUUUUCAGACGUUCGGUGAUGCAGAUGUCAAUGCUGUGUACCACAACAUGGCGACCUACAGGUACAACAUGAACGUUGGCCCGGCGUGGGCCGUGCGUUUCCUCCCGCUCUCACCCAAACAAGUCGAUUAUAUCAAGCAAACGACCAUGGAAAACGCGGAUACAAAACUCAAAACACUGCCUCACGUCAGCCACAUUGUGAUGAGCUUCCACCACAGCAUAACCGACGGCUGCACUAACGUGAGAAUCAUCCGACACAUAAUGAUGCUUUUGAACGAUGUUAUUGCCGGGAACCCUAUUGACGAUAGCCAGCAGUAUGCUCAAAUACUCGACAUAAAGAAGCAAGAACUAAUUUCGCAAGAAUUGGAGAAUGCAUUCAAGGCUGACCCCGAUCUGUUGAAAGCCCGGGUAGAGUCUCUGAUGAGGUCAUUUCCCGAGGCCUUGCUUAGCAAAGCGUAUCCGCAGCCUUCGAAAAGACCACCAAAAAUGGUAUGCAUUCCUCGCAUUCUUGACAGUAGAAGUACGGCAAACUUUAUUAGCCGUUGCAAGAAAGAAGGCAUUACAGUUCACACAGGAUUCAGCUCGGUGAUCGAGGCAAGCAUCGUCCAAGCUCUGCUGGAUGCAAACUGUCUACAAGAUGAAUUCACCAUUGGCGGACUUCACUGUAUCGACCAGAGACGCUACUUCAACGAUGUUGAAAACGCGUAUGGUAACGGCUUUGGUACAAUGGAUGUCACCACUGAUGUAUCCAAGGAUAUUGUUGCAAACUUCUGGAGCCAUGCUAAGCAGUACCACGCCAAAUUUAAAGACCAACAAAGACGAAUGAACAGCAUGGAACUCGAAGUGAUUUAUAAGCUGACGGGUAAAAACCCAUUUGUGUUCAUUGACUCUCAGGGCAUCGACUCUCCUCUUCCGAGAGUUGCCUCGUACAUAACCACAAAUGUGAGAGACGUUACAAAGAUUUUAAGUAACUUUGGGCAGAAUGUCGAUAUAAUUUACUAUGACUGGAUGUCUGCGGUGCAAGAAAUUGGGUAUGAAUGGGUAAGCUCCAUUCACACUUUCAACGGACAACUCCUGCAUAACUUGCAUUAUAAUACGCAACUUAUGGACGAAGCACUCGCUCUCAAAAUCGCUGAUUCGAUUUUUGAAAUUUUGAGGCAGGUUGUUGAACAGCCCUAAGACCAAUCAUUAUCUGUAACCUUAAUUUAAAAUAAAAUCUAUCAAGUCUUCGCCCACUUCAAUCGGCGGUUAAAACGGUGAACUGAGUAACUGAGGAUAGAUACUCAAGAAACCUGCGACUUGACGUGCACUUACUGUUUCUGACUAGGAAAUUAAUGACUGCAUUACAGUAUAUAUAAUUCCUAUUCAACCUUUAUCUCGGCACUGCACUCAUGAUUGGUGCAUAGAUACAAUACUUCCCUAAACUUUUCCAAAAAUUUGAAAUAUGAAUGAUAACGGCAAUUGUUAGAUUUUACGCUUCCAUCUGUUAAGAUUUUAAGGUUAGUCAAUUUAUAUUAAAUACCUUGUUAAUGUUAGCCAAAAACUUCAGAGCUUGAAGAUUUUAAGGAGAAUGUCGACCUUGAAGUUCCUUCAGGCUCACUUUUACUGUUCCAUGACGGUAAUUAUAUGUAUUCAACGACAA